AUGCAGAUCAUCGCCACCCUUCUCGUCGCCGCCUCCGCUGUUCUUGCCCAGCAGGUCGGUAGCACCUCGGGCCCCACCGUUUCCGGCGGGUCUACUGCCAUCAGCUCUCCCAAUGUCAACAACGGCAAUCAGGUCCAAAACUCCAUCUCCAACUCCGGUCCUUCGGGAGGCAACACAUUCUCUGGCAUUGAUGGCAGCACUUUCAACACCGCCUACGGUAACUCGGCUAGCGUUGGCAACAACAACAUUAACCCCACACAGACCAGCAUUAAGGGAAACACUGGUUUCACCGGCAGCGGCGAGGGCAACAUCUUUGGCAGUGCAUUUGGUACCGGAGCUGUCCCUCCCUUCUUUGCCUUUGGCAAGCGUGAUGCUAUUAUCAACAACCAUGGCCCUGUUGGUUACCCUGCUGGCUACCCCCAUGGCUACCCUGCUGGCUACCCCUAUGGCUACUACCCUUCCCAUGGCUACUACCCUCCCCAGGUCUACGCUCCCGCCCCUGUUGUUCGCUAUGCUCAGCCACCUUACACUGUCGGCAUCCCCGCUGCUCACAUUGAGCACAAGGCCCAGAGUGCCAGCAUUGUCCAGAACCAGAACUAA